AUGGUAUCAGUCAGGGGCUUGUUCACGCUGGCGCUAUGGAUCGGUCUGUUGACCCCCAUUUACAUGCUCCUUGAGAAGAACUUGGAGAAGUUCUACAUCUUCGACCAUGAGCACCUGCACGACCUCUCGAAGCGUGCGAUCGCGACGCACGGUAACGACACUAGGUCUGUCGUCAACUACAUCGUGACCGAGCUCAAUGGCCUCGUCCCCCAGAACGUCAACCUCGAUGAGGAAUGGGUGUUCAACAACGCCGGAGGUGCCAUGGGCGCCAUGUACAUUAUCCACGCCAGUAUUACGGAGUACCUCAUCGUCUUUGGCACCGCGAUCGGAACCGAGGGCCACAGCGGCCGCCACACCGCCGACGACUACUUCAACAUCCUCUACGGCACCCAGCUGGCCUACGUUCCCGGCGUGUACGAGCCCGAGGUCUACCCCCAGGGCAGCGUCCACCACCUUCACCGUGGCGACGUCAAGCAAUACAAGAUGGACCAGGGCUGCUUCGCGCUCGAGUACGCCCGCGGCUGGAUCCCUCCCAUGCUCUUCUUCGGCUUCGCGGACGGUCUGUCCAGCACCCUCGACUUCCCGACGCUGUGGAAGACGACGAGAAUCACCGGUCGCGAGAUGAUUUCCAAUCUGCUUAAGGGCAAGUUCUAA